UAGAUUCGAAAUGUGGUUUUAAUAGCACAAAUUGGACGUCUUGAGUCUUGACCGUCUCGUUUAUUCUUUACUUCUGUCUUCUUUUGCUCUAUAUUCGUGAAUCUGGUAAAUUGUGAUCUCAAUAUAUGUAUCUUACAUAGUUGCGAAAAAUCAUUUUUCCUGGUGUUGUUUAGUAAAAAUGGCGUUUAUCAUAAAUGCUUUUCAAAGAUGUAGAGCUUUGGCCAAAUUUCAAACACCAGUGAAUGAAACGUGUUUGGGUACACAUCCUUUUAAUCAACAAAUUCGUAAUAAAUGGCCAGACUUUAGAAUGAAAAAAGAUGCACGGAAAAGAAAUACUCUUAAAGAAUAUGGUGUGUACAAACUGCGCUAUAAUGCACUUCGUAAAAACAAUAUUAUUCCUUUAGAAAUUCAAGAAAUUGCUGACAAAGAAAUCUAUAAUUGUCCAAGGGACGCUAGUAUAACUAGAAUUGUACAGCGUUGUCAGGUAACUUCUCGCCCUAGGGGUAAUGUCAAACGAUGGCGUUUAAGUAGAAUAGUGUUUAGACAUCUUGCUGAUUAUAACAAAUUAGCAGGUGUCCAGAGGGCAAUGUGGUAAACUCAAAAUGAAGAAUAUUGCUGAUGAAUAGUCUUGUUUUAUUAAUAAAUGUAUAGAAAUUAUAUACAUAUAUAUUUGUAAUUACAUUCAGUCCUGGAUUAAUUGCUACGGUUUCCAUAGGAUGAGAACAAUUUAUUGGCAUUAUUGUAAUAGUAAUUUGUAAAAUAUUAAUUGAUGUUUAAAUUGAGUUAUUAAAUUUAUUGUAUAAACUUU